AAACGAAUCCUCCUUACAUGCAACACUGACUAAACCCUACUCGCCGUCGCUGCCGAGGCCGGUUUCUUUCCCCCCUUUGCUUAAUCGGCGAUGGCUGAACCCCCGAUUCCGGCCGCCGUUCAUGGCGGCGCCCCAGCUCCCCUCAAUGCCGUCUUCAUCGACACCAACCUCGAUACUCACUUGGCCGUGAUGGUCGCUUCCUCCGACACCGUUGCUGAUCUCAAGAGAACAAUCACGGACGAGCAUCCGCUGUGUUUCCCCCAGGUUGGAGAAAUAAAAGUCGAUGGAUUGAAGGUCCAAAGGAGAGGGAAUUUCUAUUACUUGUCAGAGUCAAUGCUUGUGACAAAUGCCUUUCAUGGGGUUCAGAAUUGUUGGUUUGUUAGUGUUGAAGCUUCUAUUGUUCCCAAGGAUAAGGAGAUUGAGCAUGAAGAGGUCAACUUAGAAUUAAUGAUCAUGGACAAUGGUUCGGAGGAGGAAGGUGUUAAUGUUGUUCUAGAUGGGCGUCACGAUGCUAUGUUGGAAAGGGAUUUGUUGGGUUCUCAAAAGGAGAGCAAUGACCCUGUUGAAGUUGCUCGGGGAGCUCAACUUGUGGGCGGUGAUGAUUCUGGUGACAAAGUUGUGUCAAUGGUGCCGUUGGUUAGUGAUGAACUUGUUAGAGAAGAUAAGUUUGAUGAGGAAGGAGCUCGGGAGAUGGAUGCUGAAAGAGCAGAAACUGGAAAAGAGUUGAGUAAGAUUGAUGCAGGCAGUGUAUUGCCAGAAGGAGCUUCUGAUGUGAAGGAAAAACGUAAGAAGAGAAAGAGAAGUAAAAAGGCUGCGGAUGAUCUUUCUGGUAAAGAAGUUGAUGUGUCAAGGCACAAGUUGGCAGUGAAGGGAGGAGAGGGAGAGAUUACACUACCUGAGACUACUGCUUCGCAGGAAAGAAGUGAAGUGGACAUUGAUGCUAUGCAGGUCAUUGUUUCAGAAUCUAAUGCAAUGACUUGUGAGCCUCCUCCUCUAUCUCAGCUACCUACAAUAGGUGAACAACAACUUGCGACUACUACUCUGGAAGGCCCAAAUGCUGACGAUGUGGUAGCAGUUGAUCAAUUGGCCAGCCAAAGCUUCGCGAAGAAGAAAAGAAAAACCAAGUCUCUUAAGAAUGUAGAUAAACAAAAUGUUGGAGUAACUCCUGGUGAGGCGAAUGCUGGUGAAGAGGUACCUCUGAAGGAAGCUGGAAUUAUUAGUGGCAAUGUUGCUGAAGAGCCACCUCAUUCAGAAGCACAUAUGACGGAGCCUUCAGCUGUUUCUUUGGUGGAGAAGGACCAUGAUCCUCUCCAAGAGCAACAGAACAAUCUUCCUUCACAAGGUAUCAAUGAGUUUCAGGAACCAACAACUAAUGACAUGAAUAGAGUUGAAACAGAACAAGAGGUGCCCAAGACGGGUCUGACAGAAGUGCACAUAGAAGUUGUUGAUUCUAUAUCUCGCGAGGUUGAUCCGUAUGUGGAUGAUGGGAAAACAUCGAAGAAAAGAAAGAAAUCCAGAAAACAUAAGGCACUCAUGAGUGGAACAGUACCAGUUCCUUCAGAUGCUGAUCAUGUUAAAGAUUGUUAUGAUGUACCGGAGAAAGAAGGUAAGGCUGAGAAAUCCUUUCUUGAAGCUGCUGGAAAGGAGGAUGUGGAAGAAGCGGCGGCAGUUGAUAGUUUGAGGUCUUCUCUUUUGGUUACAGAUAGGGAAAUUGACGAGGUUAUUAAAAACGUGGUAGAAUCUGCACAGCGGACCACAAAGACUGAAACUGUUGCAGAAAACAAAGAAGUGAAAUCAAGGAAGAAAACAAAGAAGCAUGGUUCAGAUGGUAAGAGCUCCGUACUACUGACACAAGCAGAAGACAAGUGCACCGACGAAAGUAUUCCAGCUCCUUCCACCGCCAACAUUCGUGGCACAGAUUCUUCUAGAAUCCCUUAUGAUGCUAAUCUGCGCAAUCCGAGUUUCAAAGACCUAUUAGAUAGAGCAGAGAUUGGGUCUCCUCCCGAAAAAGUUCGAGGCAAUGCAGAUAAUGCCAGCAAGGUUGAUGGAGUCGACUUCAGCUCUUAUUUCACUCCAAAAGAACAGAAUAAGAAGACUGAUAAUCCUAUUCCUAGUGAGGUUACUGGAGCUUGGACUAAAGCGAAAAGUGAAAAGAAAAGUGAAGUGCACGAGGGAAACCUGCAUGACAUCUCUCCCAAGUUACCUGGGCAUCCAACUUUGAAGGAGAAACUUGGAGCCAGUGCAAAGCCUCAGGAGAAGAAACCAGUACCUGGUACAGUAGAUAAACGAAAAGCUCUUUGUGAAGUGGCUCAAGAUUCAAUUUCUCUGACUCGUCCACUUGGUGGUAAGUCGAAGAAGCGCAUGGAGCAACAUCAUUCCGAGAGUUCGACAAACUCGACUUUCCACACCAAAAGAGGCAAGACAGAUCCAUCUCAAAGCCAGUUAACUGUUGUGACUGGUCGAAGAGGUAAUAAUGCUCAUCCAGGCGAAGUUGUGAAUGGCAUGGCUCAUCCAAAGAAGGUUGUUGCAUCAAGAUCACUAUUCAAGCAGGAUCCAUUCGGUGAUGAUUCAGAUGAUAGCUUGGAACCCUAUCAUUUUCCAUCCCCACCCAACCAGUCACGUGCCAGCUCCCCGGAGACUUAUUCCAAUGUCUCGGUAUCUGCUGUCGACUCGGAUGGUGAGACUGAUACAGGGUUCGACAGCAUGAAUAGAAAUGGCAUUAGUGGUCGAAAAGGCAUGAAGACGCCAUUGUAAGUACUCGUACUCUUUUGAUGGGAUUAUGUGAAGAAGCCGACAUUUAGCCAUGUUCAUUCAUUUAAUGAGAUUAUGGUCUGCUCGCUUGAAUGUGCAGCUCCUCAGGGAUUCCACUGGACACAAUCCUGAAAAGUUCAAAGAGAUAUAAGAAGGCCAAGCUGGACGCCGAAUCACAGCCGGAAGAUUUCGUCCCCUUUAGUCCGAGCCCAUCAAUAUGAUUAAAUCUUUGAAAUCCUUGUGUCGCCAUAGAGGCACGCAUUCUUGUGUUGGUACGGAGCAAGUCAUUUUCCUUGUUUGCGUGGUUUAUGAUUUAUCUGCAGAAUAACCUAGUUUUGGAGUUAGUUUGUGGGUAGAUACGUAAGUGGGUUGAUGCGUCGAUGGAAGGCAUCAUUUUCCUUUGGUUUUGAACAAGUUGGAAUUGGUUGGCACUUUGGCAUUUGCACACCCUCUACAAUCUGUUUCUUUUUCCGGAAUAUUGGCUGUUGGAUUUAUGUUGCGAAGCAAAAGGUGCAUAGCGAGAUGCCGAUAUCUAAUCUUCUUGUUAUUAAUUUGAUGGAUAGCUUACUCGGUCAUUAAUAUGUUG